UAUAAUUACAGGAGCAGUGCGAGGGGGACCUUGCCGAGGCAAGGCCAGCCCUGAAAACUGCCCUUUUGGCCCCCGAUAUGCUGAACCCGGCAAAUACCUCCUUUCUCAAGGUCCAAUCAGAACGCAAGAAGGGGAUUACCCAGAAGAAAGAACACGGGAAUAACCCUGAGGUUGCAGUGAUGCCAAUGGAGCUGACAGCUCUUCAUCCGGAACAGAUUCAGACCUCGGCAGAAAUGGAGAAAACGGUGACCCUCUUAGAAAAGGAAACCAUUGAGGUUUCUUAUGCCAAGGAGCAGCUAGUGGGUGCAGAUGAAAAGGAAGCCAAUGAAGUGGCAGCUCUUGCCAAGGUUAUUCAGGAGCAGUGCGAGGGGGACCUUGCCGAGGCAAUGCCAGCCCUGAAAACUGCCCUUUUGGCCCCCGAUAUGCUGAACCCGGCAAAUACCUCCUUUCUCAAGGUCCAAUCAGAACGCAAGAAGGGGAUUACCCAGAAGAAAGAACACUGGAAUAACCCUGAGGUUGCAGUGAUGCCAAUGGAGCUGACAGCUCUUCAUCCGGAACAGAUUCAGACCUCGGCAGAAAUGGAGAAAACGGUGACCCUCUUAGAAAAGGAAACCAUUGAGGUUUCUUAUGCCAAGGAGCAGCUAGUGGGUGCAGAUGAAAAGGAAGCCAAUGAAGUGGCAGCUCUUGCCAAGGUUUUUCAGGUAAUUGUGCUGUGCAGCAUGGUGGCCCCUCUCCAUCCUCUGCUCUGCCACCUUACCUGAGAGUAAGCCCCGUGGAACCCUAGAAGACUUAAAAAAAGACGCACAGGGCUGCACUGUCAGCACAUGAUGUGCCCUUCCACAGUUGGUUUUGAACUAAA